CAUUUCCCCUUUCCUUGGUGUGCACACACUGUUAGGGGCGAUAAAGAAAACAAUUGUUGAUUUUGUUUACAAAUAUUGGUUAAAAAGUUGAAAAAUGCAAGCUGAUAUUAAUAACGUUUCCCGGGAUUAUGCCAAGAUCCUGCAGAGCGCUGAUCUGGAGAAGGAGAUAAACCCACUGUGCACUAAUAUAGAUGAUAUGAUGACCAGAUUAGAUGAGUUUGAAACUUUGCUGGGUUCGGUGCGCGCCGAGUCUAAUGGAAUGAUGGCCAAUAAUGUGUGCAGUAUCCUGGGAUUUGGAGACAGCUUCGAGCAGUUAAAAACUAGAAUCGAUGGUCUGGAGCAAUUUGUGGGUGCUGUGAGUGCAAAUUUGUUAGAAGUCGAAAGAAAUGUGGAUAUAGCUGAGGAGGAACUCCAUGUCACGGACUAUAGCCUCAAAGGCCUUCUCCUAAAACCCCUGAAAGCCAAGUUGAGUGCCAGCGAUACCGCAACAUCCAAUUCUGUGCCGCGAUCCAACCUCAUCGAAGAUGAAUAUCAACCUGUGGAGAUCUACAAAUCGGAUGAUUACUUCGGAAAAUCUCAGGAUGAAACAGUAGAGGAGCCGGAAUUAACUAGUUAGAUAGCUCACAAUUUAGUAAGUAGUUAGGAAGAAAUAUAGUUUGCUUAAGCUUUUACAUUAAACUGUCAUUAUCGGAAAUAUUAAUUACCAUUUUGAGAUCGGGUUAUUUCCUGAUCUCUCUGCCUGUAGAAAAUCCAAAUAUAUUUUUAUAAACUUCGUUAAACAAUACUAGUUUUCAGGUGAUAACAUUUCCACUCAAUGCAUCUAAAAUAUUACUAAUGCGUAGAUCUUUUUUAUACAUUUCUAUUUGGUUUUGCAAUUACAUUUAAUGUAUUUGGUAUAAUUGCAAGUUACAGAUUGAAUGGAAAAAACCAAACCAACCCAUCACUUUUUAUUGCUUAUACUUGAUGUUUAUUUUUAUUUUUGUGAUACCUUAAACGUCGGAGUAAUGUAUACCAUGACUAUUAGCUAGAUGAAACCCAUAAAUAUUUAGUGAAUAAUUAGCGUAGAGUUGCUUAUGUAAACGUACAAUUUUUUUACGAGUUCCACGUCGUAAAAUUGAUCUAAUUUAUACGGGGAAGCCUGAGGCGUUACGCAGUAGAAUAAAAUUGUCGAUACAAUUUUGUUUAAGUAUUCAUAUAAAUAUUUAUUAUGAGAAAAAGUUCCAGGGGGUACCUUGGUCUAAAAUAUAUAGUCGGAAAUGUAA